UCUAAAUUAUGAAUAAGGAUUAUAAUCAUACUAAUACUACAUGGCUAAAUGAUACAUUGUCAUUUGAAAACGGACGAAGUAAAUAUGGUUUUGAUAAUCCGUUUGACAAAAUAUACGUUCGAGUUUCGUUCAUCAUUUUGUACACUUUUGUGUUCAUUCUUUGCCUUACUGGUAAUGCCAUGGUGUUAUUUGCCAUUGCAAGGAGUCCUCGCCUCCGCACUAUGACAAAUUUUCUGUUGGCAAAUCUUGCCAUUGCUGACUUUUGCGUCGGGGCCUUUUGUGUUCUUCCUAACUUGUCCACAUUCCUGCAGCCGAACUGGAUUCUUGGAAAGGCAAUGUGCAAAAUAUAUUACUACAUUUGGAAUGUCAGCUACAUUGCAAGUAUAAUAAUACUGACAGUUAUAGCAAUCGAGAGAUACAUCGCCAUAAUCCAUCCUUUGAAGGCAAGGCAUUUCAUGACAAACAAGAGACUCGUUCUUGUUCAGAUAUUUACAUGGUUGAUUUCUUUGAUAUAUAAUAUUCCGUUUCUCAUUUUUUAUGACACGAUCUCGUUUUCGGAAAAUGGAAAAGAAUACUGUUACUUUUCAUUUCAAUACACCGAAAGCUUAAAAUGGCUAAGUUUACUUAAUCUAAUAAUCUGGUAUGUUUUCCCUUUGUUAUUGAUUGGAUUUAUGUACUACAAAGUAGCUCGAGCAUUGUGGAAAACUGCAGUCGUUUCCGCACUCCGUCUGCAGCCAUAUUCCGACGCCGACGACUCCUCUGAUCACAGAGCAUCUACACGAACGACCAACUUCAAUAAUGAUUCUUUUCGAAAUUCAUGUGAGAAAAACAUGACAAAUAGUCCAAAGAUAAGUGGUGAAAAAGUUGAAAAACCACAUGGUCAUUCUUCAUCAAGCGAAGAAAGUCAAUAUUCUGAUAAAGCAAUUUUUACAUUUAAAGGCAAACAUGCAUUUACUCUUGUCUGUGGCGUUAGACAAGGAGACAAAUCAUCUCCAAAUGAAAUUAAGUGCUUCUUUCCAAAAUCGCCUACAACAGAGUUUUCGGAAUCGGACAUAGCUGUUCAUUUCAGUGGCUCGCCAGAACAAGAAUCUGUCUCGUUUACUGGAGGUAGAAGUUUUAGGCAAAGCAGUUUCCGACAGAGUCGCUACAGACAAGCAUGUAUGUCUAGUUCGAGACGUGUAGGAAAAGCUAGAAAGAAGGUCAUUCGACUUCUCAUUUCAGUAGUUGUUACAUUUGGCUUUUGUGUUUUGCCUCAUAUGAUGAAAGUGAUUAAUCAUUACUGGAUGAUAUUUCACUUCCCUCACUCUGUUGAUACGAUUUUGUCGCCUAUAUCAUUUAUUGUUUUAUAUUUAAAUUCUGUGCUCAAUCCAUUUUUGUAUGCUAUUUUUUCAACAAAUUUUAGAAGGAGUUUUAAGGAAACACUGCCUUGUUUCCGAACACGAAGGAAGGCUAACAGUAAAAGUUAAAUACUGAAAUUGCAACCGGCAAAUGAUAUUUCUUAAUAUUUCAUAGUUGGCUUAUUGUCUCUAUACUUAUGCACAUGCCAUGUAUACUGUAUUCUGUUCACCACUAUUUGGACCAAAUAUCACAUUUAUAUGACCACUUUCAAUGAAGAGGGGUUUAUGGUUUGCUAAUGUCGGUCCGUCGGGCUGUCCGUCGGUAGACCUAAUAGUUUCCGCUAAUUAUCUUAAAACUUAUUUAUCAUAGAUUCUUCAUAUUUCACAUAUUGCUUGGUCAUAACCAGUAGAAGACCCCUAUUGAUAUUGGGGUCAUUAGGUCAAAGGUGUAGGUCAAAGGGGCCUAAAAUUUCAGAAUUGUUUCCGCUCAUUAUCUUAAAAACUAUUUAUCACAAAGUUUUCAUAUUUCAAAUAUUGAUUGGACAUUACAAUGAGAUUAACCCUUUUGAUUUUAGGGUCACUAGUUCAAAGGUCAAAGUCACAGGGGCCUCACAUAUCAGAAUGUUCUCCGCUCAUUACCCGAAAAACUAUUAACAAUAAAGUCUCUAUAUUUCCAUACUGAUUGUUUAACAGUUGUAGAUAACUCCUAUUGAAUUUUUGGUCACUAGGUUAAAGGUCAAGGUCAUAGGAGCCUUAAAUGUCAGAAUGGGUUUCGCUCAUUAUCUUGAAAACAAUUUAUCACCAAGUCUUCAUAUUUCAUAUUGAUUGGUCAUAAUCAGGAGAUGACCCUAUUGAUUUUAGGGUCAAACUUGAAAGGUUAAGACCAGAGGCCUUAAAUGUUAGAAUGGUUUCCACUCAUU